AUGUUUCGUCUCAAGAGUCUGGACGCCACUACUUCAGCCAUCAUCAAUCCUCCACCCAAGCCACGCCCCAUGCCAGGCAUGCCUCUCGUCGACUGCAGCCUCGCCGAAUUCAUCGCGGGCCAGCCCCAAGGUUUCACUCAUGUCGCGGUGGCUGCAGCCGUCUUUCACGAAGACCGUCUCCUUCUGGUCCAGCGUGCCGAGACUGACAGCUAUCCCGGCCAUUGGGAGCUGCCUGGCGGAUCGGCUGACCCUACCGACAAGUCCAUCAGCGAGUCUGUUGCUCGCGAACUGUUCGAAGAGACUGGCCUCCGCAUGAAGCGCCUCCUCUCCGAGAUCCUGCCUCCCACAACUUUCUCCACUGGCUGGGGCAAGCGUCAAAAGACAUGGCUCAAGGUCAGCUUCGUGGUCGAAGUCACUGCAGAAGACAAGGCACGCGCUGAACACGAGGUCGAGAUGCAAGGAUCGGGCCAGGAACUCACGCGCAAGGAUAGCGUCAUUGCCGUGAAUCCUCCCGCCAUCAAGCUGCACGACAAGGAGCAUCAGAAGUACGUGUGGAUCUCGGCUGAGGAGGUCAUCAAGAACAGAGUGUCAAUGCCAGGCGAGGGCGCAAUGGAGUUCAUCGGAUCCGACAGCGUGUCGACCAUUCUCGAGGCUUUCCGCUUGAACAAGCACAUUCAGAAGGCGCAGGCUGUUGAAGCACCGCAGGCCGCCGAGACAGAGGAGGGAGAGGCUUGA